CUGGCAGCCAUCUUUCCUCGGUGGCCGCCUCUUCUAUCCGGUACACGCGGUCGAGGGUACGUGUCGGGAACGCACGUUAUCACGCGUAAACGGAAUUCCGAACGCCUGCAAGCCGCAGCGGAGCUCUCGUUUAGUGUUUAUGUUGGUGCUGUAGCCGCAGCCGCGGGGAGGAAACAUGGCGCGUUAUGGGCAGAGACCCGAGAACGCCCUGAAACGGGCGAACGAGUUCAUAGAAGUGGGUAAACCUGCUCGAGCAUUAGACACACUGCAAGAAGUCUUCCGUAAUAAAAAAUGGACAUACAACUGGUCAGAAUCCGUCUUGGAACCUAUAAUGUUCAAGUAUCUGGAUCUCUGUGUGGAACUGAAGAAGUCACACAUAGCGAAGGAGGGCUUGUUCCAGUAUCGAAAUAUGUUUCAAUCCGUCAAUGUUGGAAGUUUGGAGAAUGUCAUACGUGGCUAUUUGAGAAUGGCUGAGGAGAAAACGAAUGCGGCGCGUAAGCAAAGUCAGCAAGCAGUGAUUGACAUCGACGACCUCGAUAACCUCGCUACGCCCGAGAGCAUCUUACUGUCAGCUGUUAGCGGAGAGGAUGCACAAGACAGAAGCGAUCGUACCAUUUUGACACCCUGGGUCAAGUUCUUGUGGGAAUCGUACUGUCAAUGCUUGGAGUUACUCAGAACUAAUGCGCACGUAGAAACUCUUUACCACGAUAUCGCACGUAUGGCCUUCCAGUUUUGUCUCGAGUAUAGUCGUAAGACUGAAUUUCGUAAGUUGUGCGAGAAAUUACGGAAACACCUUGAAGAAAUAUGUAAACUGCCGCCGCUCGUGUCGAACGUUUCUAUGAAUAAAGCGGAAACGCAACAGUUGAAUCUAGAGACUAGAUUAAAUCAAUUAGAUUCUGCGAUACAAAUGGAAUUAUGGCAGGAAGCUUUUAAAUCUUCAGAGGACGUUCACGGUAUGAUGAAUUUGUCGAAGAAGUUACCUGUACCAAAAACGAUGGCCAAUUACUACCAGAAGCUGGCUAUGGUUUUCUGGAAAGCUGGCAAUUAUUUAUUUCACGCGGCCGCGCUGUUCAAACUUCUACAGCUUUCUCGUGAAAUGAAAAAGAACAUGUCCUCGGAGGAGCAGCAGCGAAUGGCCAAUCGUGUAUUGUUGGCAACGUUGUCGAUACCGUUGCCAUCCGCGCAUCCUGAGUUUGAUCGCUUCAUCGAGACCGACAAGAGCCCGUUGGAAAAAGCACAGAAACUCGCAACCCUUCUGGGUCUCUCGCAACCACCGACACGCGUCUCUCUGUUGAAGGACAUUGUUCGUUUGAACGUUGUCAGUCUCGCGUCACCGCAGUUACAAGAAUUAUAUUCGUGGUUAGAAGUUGAAUUCCAUCCAUUAGAACUCUGUUGUAGAGUUGAUUCCGUUAUUCAGACAUUACAAGCGGACGAAAACAGUCCGUUAGUCCAAUACAUUCCGGCUUUGCAGGAUGUUACACUCGUGCGACUUGUCCAUCAGAUCUCUCAAGUUUAUCAAACUAUACAAUUCUCCAGACUUUUGGAACUCGCCAAGUUUACUACUGAUUUUCACCUCGAGCGUCUUUUGGUAGACUGCGUGCGCUACAACGACAUGCAGGUCCGAAUAGACCACGGCAAGUCAUGUGUUCACUUCGGAGUUGAUCUUUCGGAGGCGCAACGAGAGGAUCAUCCGGAUGGUCCGGUAUUGCAAGCAAUGCCCUCUGAACAAAUACGCUGCCAAUUGGUGAACAUGGCAACUGUGUUGCACCGUGCUAUUAAUGUGAUAAAUCCUAACAAGAAGAAACUCGAACGCGAAAAGCUACGCAACGCGAUGGUCGCUCACUAUCACGAGACCAAGAUGAAGGAACACCAGAGAAUAUUGGGUAGACACAAGAUUAUCGAAGAGCGAAAAGAGUACAUUGAACACAUCAAUACGGUCCGAGAAGAGGAGGAGAUGCGCCGACAGGAGGAACUCCAGCGACAGCAGAUGCUGGCCGAACAAAAACGACUGGAGCAGGAGCGAGAGGAGCGUGAACGGAAGCGUCAGCAAAGUGAGAUUCAACAAAUCAAAGAUCGUCAUCUUAAGGAAAAGAUGCAGCAGAUUUCACAGACGAGCCAUGGACAAAAGGUGCUAAAGAAACUAGAUGAGGACGAGAUCAAGAAGUUGGACGCGGAGCAAAUUGCGGCACGGGAAGCUGAAGAACUGCAGAAAGAACGCAGAGAGAUGCAGCAAAAACUUAAGUCUCAAGAGAAGAAGGUCGAUUAUCUCGAGCGCGCCAAGCGGCUCGAAGAAAUCCCGUUACUGGAGAAGGCCGUACAAGAUAGGAUGCAACAGGCGAAACAGCUCUGGCGACAACAGGAAGACGAACGAAUUGCCGCAGCUAUUGAAGAGAGGCAAGAGGCCGUCGCGACUCAAGAGCGCUUAGCGCGUAUGAAAGAGGAUCACGACAUCUUCCUGGCCAAGAUCUUGGCGGAGCGUAGGAGCAUAUACAUGGAAAAAUUAAAAGAAUUUGAGAAACUGUUAAAUGAAGAACGUGCCAGGCGAAUGUUGAAGCGCAAAAUGGAGCGUAAAGCCGAGCGUAAGGCGAAAUGGGAGAAGGAACGUGCGGAAGCUGCGGAACGAAGACGACUGGAAGAAUUGCGCAUUAAACAAGAAGAGGAGAAGAAACGUCUUGAGGAAGAAAGAGCGAAAAGGGAGGAGGAAGAGAGGAUCAGACGGGCCGAAGAGGAAGCCAAAGAAGCCGAACGUUUGGCUAAGCUUAAGAAACAAGCAGACAUUAUUAGAGCUAAGGAAGCUGAGAUUGAACGUAAAUUGGAGGAAGAACGGCAGAGAGAUAAAGAACUGACUUCAACAUGGCGACGUCCGGAAUUUGAUCGUGAACGUGAACGUGAUCGCGAUCGCGAUCGUGAUCGUGAUCGUGAUCGUGAUCGCGAUGGCCCGAAAUCUUCGAUGGAGUCAUGGCGACGUCCUGACAAGGACUCCGAUGGACUCAAAAACGAAACGGACCGUUGGAGAAAACGCGAUGACAAGAUCGAAGAUUCAUGGAAGAAAAGAGAACCAGAACGACGCGACAUGGAUAAAUGGAGAAGGAACGAUGAUGCGGACCGAUGGAAAAAAGAUACUAUGGAUAAAUGGAGGAAAGAUGAUAACUUUGAUAAAGACGAUUCAAAAGAUCGAGAUAGACUAGAAAACCGUGGUUUUGACAAAAGAGAUGAUCGCGAUCGCGAUCGUGAUCGUGACCGUGACCGUGAUCGUGGAAUGGAUGGACGCGGAAUACGAGAGAUUCCACGUGACAUACGCGAUGAUCGAGAUCGAGAUCGCGGUAGAAUGUCCGAUCGCCGUAGUGGUUAUCGCGAUCGUCGUGAUGAACCAGCACGAAAUACUAACCAGGACUGGCGAAAACGCGACCCGCCUCAAGAUUCCCCGAGAGACCCACCCAAGCGCGAACGAGAUGAUCGUAAAGAUGACAGACUUCCGCCUAAAUCUGAUGAAAGAAGGCGACCAUUAGAGGAUGAUGGCUGGUCGAAAGUCAGUCGGCGCUAACAUCAAAGUCUUAGUUAAUCAUGUAGAUUUAUAUAAGUUCAUUAUUCUCUAAGAACGAUAUAUUAUACAUGAAUAGACCUUUUAUCUAAUACGGAAGUCUGUCCAUUUUUAUUAUUUUGUGCGUGGCUUUAUUCUUCCAGAAAAGAAAGUGGGAGGGGAAUAGUUGUAAUGAUAGAUGUAUAGCAAGAAUUGGAGAAACAAGAUAUUUUCAUUAAAUAUAAUAAAUUAUAUUGAUUAUUGCGUAAAACAGAAAGAAUGAUGGUAAACCCAGGUUUGAAAUGUCCAAUUCGAUAUAGAUUCAAAUUAUUUAAGUUUAGAUAUUUUGAACAUAUACAGGUACACUAUUUUUUCUAUUUAGCGCAACUAAUCAAUGAUUAUCAUGAUAAAAAUAUCUUGUUUUAAAGAUUUAAGAUUAAAAAAGAUAAAUAUCAAUAAAAUUCUCUUGUACCCUACCUCUUUAUUAGAUUUUUUUAUAUUAUCCUGUCUUAUUUCACUUAUCUUUCCUUAAGAAGAAAUUGUACAUUCUUAAUGUGCAUUUUCUUUUUAUUACACAUCUACAGCGAUUAAUUAUCGUUGUGUAUAAUACAAUGAAAAACAUUUAUGUGAAAUAGAUUAUAAGAUAAUGAAGAAGAGCUCGACAUAAUAGAGGAAAUAAAGUAUGAAGAUCAUAUAAUA